AUGAAAGCCAUCGUUUUGAAUGGAACAAAUGCUACAGUGGUGUACUCACAGCCUAUCCCUAAGCUCCGUGACGACUACCUUCUCAUUAAAACCGUGGCCGUUGCCCUAAAUCCGACUGACUGCAAGGCGAUCAGCCAGGGAAGGGGGGCCAAAGAUGGCCUAGCUGGCUGCGACUUCGCCGGUAUUGUCGAAGAAAUCGGACCAGUUGUCACCAAGCGUUGGAAUAAAGGCGACCGAGUGUGUGGCUGCACUCAUGGUGCUAAUAGCCGUAAUCCAGAUGACGGGUCAUUCACGGAGUUUAUCGUCGUAAAGGGGGAUGUCUGUAUGAGAAUGCUGGAUGGCAUGAGCUUCGAAGAAGCGGCUGGUAUCGGCGUCAGUGCGAUUACAUGCGGUCAAGGCCUAUUUCAGAAUCUGGGGCUGAAUCUUCCCCUUAAUCCUGUCCAAAAGAAAGAGUACAUCCUGAUUUAUGGUGGUAGCACGUCAGCGGGAACCCUUGCUAUCCAAUAUGCAAAGCUGGCCGGCUAUUCUGUCCUUACAACUUGCUCUCCAAGGAAUGUAGAUCUGGUCAGAUCACGCGGCGCUGAAGCAGUCUUUGACUAUAACGAUCCAUCAUGUGGGGAGCAGAUCCAUCGUUACACGAAAGGGGAGCUCCAGCUGGUCUGGGAUACCAUCGGCUCCGAUCAAGGAGUUCACGCCUGCAUGGCCGCGCUGUCAACAAAGCCAGGGUGCCGAUACGGUACGAUUCUUCUCAAUGAUAUCCCACGACAGGAUGUCGCUUGUACGCGGAGCAUCAUGAUGACGUUUCGGGGCGAGCCAUUCGACUUGUACGGCAAACAUUUUCCGCCAAGUGCUGAGGACUUUGAGUUUGCGAAGAUGUUCACCCAAUUGACGGAAACACUUCUCGCUGAAAACAAGCUGAGGCCUCAUCCAAUCAGAGUUUGUGAAGGAGGUUUGCAAGGCGUACUAGAUGGUGUGGGGUUGGUGCAACAGGGGAAUGUGAGCGGCGUUAAACUGGUGUAUCGAGUUGCCGACACACCUUGA